UCUUUAUCGUCAGACUUCAUCCGCCUCUCUUCCCACGGCACCCGGCAGCAUCAAUCUCCCGCCUCGCUUUCCACCCCAGGAGAUUGCCCAACAUGCCGCCUCCUCCACAUCAGAAGCCCGAGAAUGUUCUCAAGCGCGCCCAGGAGCUCAUCGGCGUCACCCAGACUCCUGCCGCCCUCAACCUGCUACACGACCAUAUCACCUCGAAGCGCUCCCGGAAUGUCCCCAUCGCGUCUUUGGAGCCGGUGAUGCUCCUGUUGGUCGAGCUGUCCGUCGAGCAGAAGAAGGGAAAGCUCGCCAAAGAUGCCCUCUACUCCUACAAGAAUAUUGCCCAGAAUUCCAACAUCAGCACCAUCGAACUCGUGCUGAAGAAGUUCAUCGAGUUGGCCGCCGAGAAGGUUACCGAGGCCCAGAAGAGAGCCGACGAGCUGCAGUCGAGCAUCGAGGCCACUGCGACCGCGAUCGAUGAUCUCGACGCCAGCGAGACCCCCGAGUCCAUCUUGCUCGCCACCGUCUCCGGCGAGCAGUCUAGAGACCGCACCGAGCGUGCCGUCGUCACCCCCUGGCUCAAGUUCCUCUGGGAAGCCUACCGGACCGUCCUCGACAUCCUGCGAAACAAUGCGAGGUUGGAAACCCUCUAUCAGAGCACGGCUAUGCAGGCCUUCGACUUCUGUCUCAAAUACCAGCGCAAGACCGAGUUCCGACGGCUCUGCGAGCUCCUCCGUAACCAUGUCCAGACUGCUGCCAAGUACUCGAGCCAGAUGCAUGCCAUCAACCUAAACGACCCCGAUACGCUGCAGCGACACUUGGAGACUCGCUUUCAACAGUUGAACGUGGCUGUAGAACUCGAGCUGUGGCAGGAAGCCUUCCGAAGCGUCGAAGACAUCCACACCCUUCUCAACCUGAGCAAGCGACCUCCGAAGAACAUUAUGAUGGCCAACUACUACGAGAAGCUCACCCGAAUCUUCCUCGUCGGCGAAAACUAUCUCUUCCACGCUGCUGCCUGGUCUCGAUACUAUAGUUUGCUCCGGCAGUCCGCCGCUCUUGUCGCUACCGGCCAAACCAAGAAGGCCGACAACCCAUCCGCGACAGACGCCGACCUUCAGAAGGCCGCUUCGUUCGUGCUCCUAUCCGCCCUCUCGAUUCCUGUCAUUAGUACCUCGCGAUCGAGGGGAGCGAUGGUCGAUUUCGACGAGGCUAAGAAGAACAAGAAUUCGCGCCUGACCCAUUUAUUGGGAAUGUCGACCGCGCCGACCCGUGCUGGCUUGUUCCGCGACGCGCUCUCGAAGUCCCUUUUGAAGCGCGCCCGCCCCGAGAUCAGAGACCUGUAUAAUAUACUCGAAGUAGAUUUCCAUCCCCUCUCCAUCUGCCAAAAGAUAUCGCCUAUUCUCACAAAGAUCGGCGCGGAUGCCGAGAUGGAAAAGUACAUCUUGCCUCUCCAGCAAGUCAUUUUAACCCGGCUCUUCCAGCAAUUGUCUCAGGUAUACGAGUCUGUUGAUCUCGCAUUCGUCGAGAGCCUGGCCCAGUUCCCCGACCCCUUCCAGAUUACUCUCGGGACUAUAGAGAAGUUCAUCAUGAACGGGAACAAGAAGGGUGAUCUUUCCAUCCGCAUGGACCACGCCACGGGCAUUCUCAACUUUGACAAGGACGUAUUUUCCUCUUCCAAGGCCGUCCAUGCCGGCUCCGCUGCGGGCUCCUCCGAAAGCCCGAUCGGCUCGGUUCAGCGUCUGCAGAGCACUCCUUCCGAAAUUGUUCGCUCGCAGUUGGCCCGGCUUACGACCACCCUAUACACGACUUGCUUCUACAUCGACCCAUCUCACCGACAGCGCCAACUGGAGGCCCAGCAAGCGGCACUAGCUAGAGCUAAGGCCGGCGCCGAGCAGGAGCAACGCGAGACCUUGGCUCGCAAGGAAGUCAUCCAGAAGCGUAAGGAAGAGGCCUCUGAAUUACAGGCGAAGAGGGAGAAUGAGAAGGCGCGCCAGAAGCGACUUCAGGAGCAAGCACUCGCCGAAGCGGAAGAGCGGCGGCUCGCCCAAGAGCAGAAGGAGCGCGAGGAGAAACGUCUCAAGGAUGAGAGAGACCGCGUUCGCAAGGAAGAACUCAAGAAGCAGAUUGCCGAUCUUAAGAUUGGUCCCAAUGCUAUCGAUAUUGAUCUCGAGAACCUCGACGAAUACGAUAGCAACCGCCUCCGCGCCAUGAAGCUUGCCCAGCUGGAGCGGGAAAAGAAUGACAUCAACGAGAAGCUUCGCAUUACCGGCAAACGCAUUGAUCACCUCGAGCGUGCCUUCAGGAAAGAAGAGAUUAAGAAGCUCCCUGAGGACUACGCGAAGCAAAGUGAGCGCGACCUAGCCGCUUACGAGGAGGUUAAGGCGGAGACUCUGAAGGAGGCAAAGGAGAAACACAAGGAGAGCGUUGAGUUGAAGCACCGCCUCAGCCGCCUAAUGCCCUUCUACGAGUCGUUCAGAAAGUCUCUACACGACCGUCGUCGCGAUGAAUUCGAGAAACGACAACGCGACGCCGAACGUGAGUUGGAAAAGCAGAUCACGGCCCGUAAGAAGGAGUAUCGCGAACGCAAGCUACGGGAGAAGCGGGAGCGGGAGGAGAAGGAGAGAGCUCUGCGGGAGGCAGAGGAGCGGGCCGAGAAGGAAAAGCAAGAACAGGAGAAGCGUGCAGAGCAACGACGAAUCGAGUCGGCCAGACAAAAGGAGCAACGAGAGAAGGAGCGCCAAGAAGCUCUGGAGAAGGCCGCUCUCCAGGCAAGGAGAGAGGAAGAGGCCAUGGCCAGGAAACAAGCCGAAAAGGAGAAAGAGCGCCUGCCACCCCGGCGCGAGGCAGACGCCAUGGAUCGCACGGCAUCGAACGACCGACCUUUAGGCGCGCCGCGCGUCAAUAUCGCCGGCCUUAAACCGUCGUGGCGUGACCGCGACACAUCGAAGAACGCCACCGCCGGCUCAACACCCACAGGUAGCGGUAUCCCAAGCCGUACCGGCACGCCUCUGGAGCGUACAGACUCCAACGAGCGCCCCUCGGGAGCGCCCCGGCUUAAUCUUGCAGGCAAGCAGCCUAGUUGGCGUGAGCGCCAGGCUGCCAAGGCUCAAGGCGCCGCCGGUGCUUCAACUGACUCACGGGAUGCUGCCCCGGUCCCGGCCCCGGCCCCGGCUCCCACACCGGCCCAGGCUCCUGCUCAGGUUCCUGCUCAGGCUUCUGGCGGGCCUCUGAAGCCAUCUGGCGCCCCUGGGAAAUAUGUGCCCCGGCACCUCCGAGAUAAGCAAGGUUAGGUAUUAGGGUCAUGAACGGCGUUAGGGGUCCGGGUUUAGUAUGUGGCUCGCGUGUAUCUUAAAAUCACGGCGAGAAAUAAAACUGGCUUGGUAAUUCUUCAUUCUAGCUAUGGUCAUGCAACGAGCUCUUCGGUAUCCAUAUCUUGUUAUGUACUCUGGCUACCAUCUAGUCUGUAGGAUUGUAUCGAAGAUGUCCAACCAUUUCACGCGUCGGUGUUAAUAGUCGACAUCUGACGUAGGUACGGGGAGUUGUUUCCAC